GCAUUGAAGUUCCCCAUCCGAAAGGGAACUACUGUUCCUUAGCAUUGCUGUUAAGAUGAACCAUGGCCCCAAACUGUGAACCGAACUGAACCGUGCCUUUGGUGUAUCGUUACACCCCUAAAAGUUAUGCACUGUUUUUCACUCACUAUCUCUCUUUCUCUUGUAGUUGAACAGUGUCAAUAAUUUUGUGCAGUCUAUCAAUGACUAUUUGCAACUGAAAGCAGAUGAGCUGGCCCUUUCUGCCAUUGCUCAAAGGAUAGAGGGAUACAAGAUAGAGGGUCUAAGUGAAGAAGUAGACAAGCAUGUUCGCGAGAUCUGCCGUUUUGAUUUGACGAGCCCAAUGAGUGGGGUGGGGCCAAAUGUAAUACGCAAGCAAAUACUGGAAGAAACUUUGAAGGUUAAAAGAAGAAAGGAUACAAAGGAGUUUGUGGUCCUGCUCUUUACUGAUGUGCUGUUGAUAACUAAAGCACAGAAGAAAUCAGACAAGCUGAAGGUACUGCGCCCCCCAAUGCUUGUGGAGAGAAUACACUGCAUUGAGGUCAAAGAUGGCUAUUCAUUUAUGCUGGUGGAGGUCGGUGAUCUAGGCUGCCCUCUAAGUGUGCAUAUCAUGUCCACACCCAGUCCAGACAGCUGUGCGUCAUGGGUGUCUGCUCUGCGUGAGACUCAGGAGGCAUUACAGAAAUUGAAGAUAAACGAGAAGAACGCAAUAUUAAAAAAUACACAUACCGUUCCAGAUAAGGAUGCUGAUUUCCACACAGCAUAUUAUAGUGAUAUUGACCCAGAAGAAAUGGUACAACAGAUUUACCCCACAUCCCAAUCUGACAGCGAUUCUGAUCCAGCUGAUAAUGAGAGAUCUACGUUCAGCAAGGUCGAUCCGCAUACACUGAUGGAUGUGGAGCAAAGUAAAGUUCAACAGAUGUCAGAUUACAGGAGCUCUUCACUGACUGAACCCGAUGAUCAGAGCCAGUCAGGUUAUGAAGAGGUUGUGGGAAAGACUGAUUCAGUUGGAUUGAACGCAGAACAAGGAAAAAGCAGAAUUAACAGCAAUCAGUGGGAAGAUGAAGAGGCCUCAUUAAAAAAUAUCCAAGAAAGGCGAGUUACAUGGACACAAAAACAACAGACACCUUCAAACUCGAAUGACCUUACACAACAGGAAUUACCAAUAAGAAACAAUUUGAAUGGACCUGCUGGACAUGUAAAAGACACAAUCCAACCUCUCAUAACUACAUCCGCACAUGGGACAAGUGUAGAAACAGGUGAACCAAUGCAUCUAGAUCCAGAUAGUGACUCUCAAGAAAGCAGGAGAAACUCUUUGUGCAGCCAGCAAGAAGAUGAUGAAGAGUCCCUCACAGAAUCAAAGAGGUUCUCCAGGAAACUGAAGUCUCCUCGCAUACAGAGGAGACGUCUGAAUAAUGCGCAGCCAAACGGAAUGGGAUUUGCUUCCGAUGCAAACUCCAGCAGAAGCCAGAAAAACAAAUCUCAGGAUUCUCACAGAGUGCUAAAGCUGGGAUCUCUGAAAAACAACCCUAGUACAUUAUGGUAUGUUCCUGAGAAGAGAUCACCGAAGAGAUCACCGACUCAAGAGAUGCACUCUGAACCUGAGCAGACACCGGAAGAAAAGCGUAAAUUGAAACUAAUCAAACUCAAGACCCAGAGGAGCGCUUCUAUCCCAGAAAUCAGCAUACCUCAGACUUCCAUCCCACCUUCCCAAAUUACUAGCUCCUCACUGUUAACUGCCCCAGACCCCCAGCCUCCAACAUCUCCACUUCAGAGUGUGCUGCAGAGGGCAAAAGAAAGGGAAAAGGAACGCGGGCUGGGAAGAAAAGUUGUAAAGGAAAAAGAGAAGACUUUUUCCAUACAAAAUUCUCCUACUAUUUCUGCCUCUUCAUCGCUGUCGGCCAGUGAAGGAGAGAGAGAGACAGAAAGAGAGGAAUCAGCAGAACCCAGUGUAAUGUUUGCACAUGGAUGGAGAGAAGGAAAUGUUGAUGGAAGUGAGGAUGAGAUGAAAGAAAGGUGAGUCUACAGUACAUGCGUCACUGUUGCUA